AUGGAUCCUGUUCCUAUCAUCUGCAAUCCUUUCCGCAGCAAGCUAUCUACUUCUUGUGACAAAACAAGUUGGUCCAGCCCCUCCCCAAGCUCUCUGGCUAUGCUGGUAUAUGCAUGUCCAGUUCUGAACGGGACUUCAGCGCUCUCAUUUGUCCUACAGACCUAUCUGUUAAUGGCAUCUCUCAAGAACUCGUCAACAUUAUACCUAUCGCAUGCGACUAAAAUAUGGCUACUUAUAUUACCCUUUGUCGCAUUUUCUGGAAUACUCAUUGAGGUCUAUCUCGUAUACUUGGGAAACCCCUCUGCUCUCAAGAGGGAGUUAAGUGGUAUGUAUUGCUUGAUGACAGGAAGUCGGAUGCCCGUUAGGAUUACUGGUGCAAUCAUGGCGACAACUUUGACCGUUGUAGUUAUUCUCCAAAUAGUGAUAUUCUUCAGGUUGCAGCGGGAUUGGAAACAGAAUGCUCUGAUAUUGGCAGGGAGCAAUGCCUCCCCGAGAGUUCUCCUUUGA